AUGAGCAGAAGCUUCCUUACACACCGAGAGACAGCCAGACUGACGCGCAAGUGGCCCCAGCCGGUGGAUGGAUGCGUCCAAAAACGGCCAAUCACCGAAAUAACGGCUGAUAGCCGGGAGCCGAAAAAAAACCGGCCAAUGACCGAGUUGGAGGAUAAUGGGAACAGCCAAUAUCCGAGGGUUCAAUGUAGCAGAAGAAGCUUAUUAGGACAUCGUUUUGCUUUUAGUUUUGUUUUAAUAUGGCACAUCAUUCUAGGUACCAUUUGUGUGUUGAGUGCAUUCCCUUUCAUCUUCCUUGGGUGUCUUGGGUGUGGCUCCUCUGAUGAAUGGGCUCAGGUAAUCUACUACACCCCAUUUGUCAUAAUCUUCCAGUUUGGCUGGGCAGCUACACAAAUCAGUCACCUAGCCCUUAUACCAUCUAUUACUCAAGAUCCACAUGACCGCACAGACCUCGUUGCCAUUAGGUAUGGAUUUACUGUGAUGGCCAACAUAACAGUUUACCUUGUGACUUGGCUCGUAUUGGGAAUAGAUGCUACCAGUGCUGAGACUGGUCUUGGUCCUGAAGAUGGCAUCAAGUUCAGGUAUAUUGUUAUGGCUGUGCUGGCUAUUGGCAUAAUAUUUGUCAGCGUGUUCCAUGCACUGGUCAAAGAAGACAACGUUCCUCAGUAUAGCAGAAUCUUACCUGAUACCGAAGUGACUUGUGAAGACGAGAGCAAUCACACAAAUCACCUGAGCUCCUCUCAGCAGAACAGCGUGUCUCAUUGUGCCCCAGUCCACUGCCGCAUGACUGCCAUUGACUGGCUCCAAAACAUGCAGUUCUACCAGAUUGCUAUGCUCUAUAUGGGAACUCGUCUCUUCUGUAACCUGUCACAAGCGUAUGUCCCCAUAUAUAUACAAGACUCCCUUCAGCUGCCUCAGGACUCUGUGGCAUACAUUCCACAGGUGAUGUAUGUUUCUGGCUUCCUAACCUCCACAAUCAUGAAGGCUCUCAACAAGUACAUUGGCAGGAAGGUGAGCACUGUAUGCUAGUAAUCUUGUAUAUUUACACAUGAAAGGCCCU